CGCGAUCUUUGAUUUUUUGACCGGAAGUUCGCCUCUGAAGCCGCCGGAAGUGAUUCCUACCGUCAUUCCUCAGUCUAUCUUACCAACGUAUUUGCAGGACGAGAAGCAAGAGACGAUUUGACUAUGAGUGCUGUUGUACCCAACCAUCGACGGACUAAGCCUGGAGGCAUCAAGCCAGCAUCAGCGGUCAGUGGCGCGGGAGGGCCGACGUCCCAGAUCCCCGGUCUGUCCCAGAGUGCCGACCAAAGUGCCCCAGCAGAGAGGGUCAGUGGCCGGCGUGUUGGGAUCUUUGCGUCAGACUCCGACUAUACUAAGCUUGCAAAGCAAGGUGGCCACAAAGGACUGUUGAGCCAUGAUGAUGAUGAUGAUGACCAACCUAAGAAAGCCUACAGUCCAAAUGACUGGUUUGCAGGUGAUCACUCAAACAGCGGAAGCAAAGCAACGUCUCCCAACGGCCAGGGGAAGGGCGGCAGGCAGCCUUUGCUUGCACCGUUUGGCACUGAUAACAGUUCGACCUGGGAAAGAGAGACCGAUAGCUUUACUCAUGAUAAAGAUAAGAUGUCUCCUGACCUCACCACCGCUGAGAUGGAGCAGCUCUCUUUGAACAACAAAUAUAAGAGGAUGUGUCAUGAUAAGCGGACCCCGCCGGUCAGCAUGUCCAAGCUGCUGAGUCAUGGCUACGUGGAGGACAAAAAGAAGUCUCCCAAUGACGACGAUGCCUCAAGCGUGAGCUCGGAGCAAACGAGCACCGUGGCGACCGAGGACGUGGAAGAGCUGGAGUAGUCCUUCCCACAUUCACUCGCUCUCCUUGUACAUCCACUGACUGUUUGUACUCACGUUUAUGCAGAGGUACGAGUCCUUCUUUUCAUUUGCUUCGGUUUUGGGGGUUGGAAAAAAGCAUUUUAUCGAGUAGACGUGACGCUGUUGUUUUUUUGUUUUUGUAACGCAAUUCCCCGAUUUGACAGGCGACUUUUGAGCACUACUGUAACCAUUUGGUCCUGUAAACUAAUGUUUCCAUCUCGGAACAAUUUAGACGGCCUACAUGUGUGAAGACGGAGCGAGUAGACGUGUUUGUGCUAAUGACUUAGUUGAAGUGACGUGACGUAUGAUUUGUUUUGGAGUGUGUCGGAGCUGCAGGUGGGUCCAAGCCCGCCGCUCUUACGGUUUACAUAUUUACCUUGUAAUUGUGCAAAUAUUUCUGUUUUUCAGCAUAAACACACUAAAUACACACCAUGCAUCUUUCAUUCGCUCGCUCAGAAGGUAUCAGUGGUAAGCAGCGCUUAAAACGUGUCAAAUUGCAGUUUUAAAAUGUGCCAAAUGUUAAAUGGAGGCCUCACGUGUUUAAUUGGAAUCCUGUUAGAUCGUUACUUUAUUCAGUUGGUGAGGAAAUGUUUUGCUGAGCUUUACAUGCACAUCCGUCCUGCUGCACCAGUAAAAAUACGACAACUGAAAUGGAAUACCCCCAACUCACUUUUCACUCGACGCACAUUCCUUUUUCAGCAUCAGUGUUAAAAGCUGACAGUGAUGAGCAAAUACAAUUACACUUAAUGUUUUAAUAAACAAAAACAAACCAUUUUGCAGAGGGAAAUGAUGCAGCUAUCACAGAAAUUAACACAAAAGUCACUUUGUUAUUAAAAACUUGUGUGAUGUGUCUCUAAAUGACAAUAUUAUGAUAUUGUUCGUUUAGAAGCACAGGUUUGUUUUUAUUUAUGGUUCAUGUAUUUCUCACAGUUGUACCAAAGUGGGGACCAAGUGUGGCUAGUUUGUCCGAUACUGGGGGGUUUUUGUUUGCAUUCAAAAGGAGGGAAGAAGAGGCAGCUUCAAUAAGGCAAAUGUAAUAUACCCCACACAUAUGUUUUAUUUCAAUAAAUGAGCAUGUGCAUGUA